AUGUCUAUUCUGACGGCAAACAUGUCGACCAAGGACGUGCUUGAUGGGCUUGGGAGUGGAGGCAAGGGUGAGGCGUUUCCGCGGAGGAAGGCCAUGCGGCGACUGCAGAGCUCGUACAAUGAUGAGGUGAACAAGCUGCUGAGCGAGAUGGCGAGCAACUAUCAGUCGCUACUGGAGGCUGCUGCACUGCCUGGUGACUCGACUGCUCGGGCACAUGAUGCAGAAACCUUUCACAUCUCGGCUGCGCUUCGCGUCAAGACACACACGGAGGCUCUCGUCCGUGCAGGCCGGGAGCUCCUGCUUCUCAUCGCUGCCCUCAAGAGAGAUCGCUGCCUUGCCCAGUCCGCCGCCAUGAAUGCUGCUGUUGAUGCUGCUCGUUCGUCAGCUGCUAACGCUACCCAAGAUGCCUCGGACUCGUUGGAUGAGCUGGCUUCGCGUGUCGAUGAGCUCCUUGCUUCGCUCGAGACCGAGUACUACGUCUCGAUGGAGUAG